CUCAGACGGGCCCGAGCCCACGGCCUUCUCGGCCAUGUCCAUUAUAACUACUACACCCAUCAUGCUUUCUCCCCCUCUCUCUUCUUCCCUUCUUCCUCUCGUUUUCACGUCAUGACGGACGACAUCAAAUCUCACCCUCACCCUGAUCCCGAAGCCCCAACCCCGCCGGGGCCUCCUACAGAGGACCUGACAUUCCCUCCCGCGCGAGUCGUCGUGCCAAUUAUUGCCGGCCUAUAUCUAGGCAUCUUCCUAGUCGCACUCGACAGGACCAUUAUCGCUACAGCCAUCCCCAUCAUCACCAAUGAAUUCAAGUCGCUAAAAGAUGUAGGUUGGUAUGGCAGCGCUUACCUGCUCACUAGCUGCUCGAUGCAGCUCCUCAUUGGUCGCAUCUACACCUUCUACAACCCCAAAUACGUCUACCUGUCGUCCCUCUCGCUCUUUGAGGUCGGGUCUGCUAUUUGCGGUGCAGCUCCUACCUCGACGUCCUUUAUCGUUGGUCGAGCCAUCGCUGGCCUUGGGUCCGCCGGCGUCUUCACUGGCGGGAUACUCCUUAUCAUCCCGCUGGUGCCGCUUCGCACGAGGCCCAUCACCCAAGGAAUGGCAGGUGCUCUCUUUGGUAUCGCAUCGGUUGCUGGGCCCUUGAUGGGAGGUGCUUUUACAGAGAAGAUUUCAUGGCGCUGGUGCUUCUACAUCAAUUUACCGAUUGGCGGCUUCACCAUGGCCAUCAUCUUCUUCGUCCUUACACACACCCCUGCUCCCAAGAACGCUGGACUCGGAAUCAAGAACAAGAUCCUCCAAUUGGACCCCGUGGGAACCAUGUGCUUCACUCCAAGCAUGAUUUGUCUCUUAAUUGCUCUUCAGUGGGGCGGCACCAACUACGCGUGGAGCAAUGGCCGCAUAAUAGCGCUUUUUGUCAUCUUUGGUGUUCUCUUCGUGGCCUUCGUAGCCAUCCAGAUCCUCACACCGGAAACCGCAACAGUUCCUGUUCGUGUCAUUACCCAACGCACCGUCGCUGCCGCAUUCCUUUACCUGUUCUGCGCCUAUUCUUCGAUGAUGGUCAUGGUCUAUUACCUACCCAUCUAUUUCCAGGCCAUCAAGAACGUCUCGGCCUUCAAAUCUGGUAUAAUGAGUCUACCCCUGAUCAUCGCCCUCGUCAUCGCGAGCAUCAUGGCCGGCGCAUCCGUCACGCGCUUCGGCUACUACACGCCGUUCCUGAUCGCGUCCUCGAUCGUAGCAUCGGUGGGAGCCGGACUAAUCACGACGUUCGAGCCCAACACGGGACACGCCAAGUGGAUCGGGUACCAAGUGAUAUUCGGGUUCGGGCUAGGCCUAGGCAUGCAGCAAGCCAACGUGUCGGUGCAAUGCGUGCUGUCGCGCGCCGACGUGCCGACGGGCACGACACUCAUGUUCUUCGCGAACCAGCUGGGCGCGGCCGUCUUCCUCUCCGUCUCCCAGAACAUCUUCACGUCGCAGCUGGUGGGCGGCGUGCGCGAGCUCGCGGGUCUCGAUCCGCGCGUCGUCGUGCGCACCGGUGCCACGGACUUGCGCGCCGCCGUCGCCCCUGCCGACCUGCCUGCCGUCAUAGAAGCGUACAACCGCGCUCUCAUCAAGGCCUUCAUCGUCGGUGUGGCUAUGUGCUGUUUGUCGUUCUUUGGCAGCGUGGCUGUCGAGUGGAAGAGCGUCAGGACCGCCAAGCCGGACCAGCCCGCUGAGCAGAAGUCGGCGGAGAGGCGGGAGACGGCCGAAAAGGGCCCGGAGAGGCCGGAGAGGCCGGAAAAGUCGGAGAGGUCGGAGGGGCUGGAGGGCGCGAGCGCUGAGAUGGACUCUUCUAAGGGCUUGGGUGCUAAGGAGGUUGGCUCUCCGAAAGGCUUGAGUGCCAAGGAGGUGGCUGUGCAAAGGAAGACAGAUGCCUGAGCAGUGCGGCUGCGUGUGCUUCCGGCUGGAGUGCGGUGUUGGAUAUCUGCUCCUAUCUGAGAUGGCAGCUAGGACGAUCUCAUGGUCUGAAGAAUCUACUUUAGAGAUAAUAAGUGGAAGUUGAUAGAGUAAAAGCAUCAGAUACAGGGUAUAUGUAAUAUAAAAACAAGCAACGUCGG